AUGCUCCACAAAAUCCGACAAUCGAAAGAAACAGCACCUCUCGACUCUUCUUCUUCUACCUCGACUUCGGAAAUCUCGCCUCCCAAUUCAGACCCACUUCUUGCAGACCCUGACUCUACACAAGACCUACGUCUGCCUAUUUCUCGUUCUCUAUUAACACCAUUGUUUGGUGGUAGAAGACCUUUCGCUAGAACUUUCGUGUUUCCGUGCAGGUGCAUGGUUGAGGAAGAAAUACAUUUUUACGAAAAUCCCGACGAGUUUGAUUUGCCAGCCGUAGCGGUUGUUGGAAAGGGAGACGGAUUUGUAUGGAAUGAAGAACUCCUCCUAAAAUAUCAACAAUGCUAUCACUCACAUUACUCCUCGGUGACUCCAGAACCAGGAGAUACUCGUUACAACACGACACCACAUCUACAUCGUCACCGGGCUUACAUCCAUGGUGGGCAAGUAAAUACGGAUGAAGUGCCAAGUUACGAUAUUCUAUUUGGACCUAAUUAUCCUCUCCCGGACAUUUUGCCUUCAUGA